GUGUGCGGAUCGCAGAUCACGUGAUUUGCGAUUCUUUCGGAAAAGGAUUUCUUUGCGGAGAAAAACGUCACAAAAUUAUUGAUCGAAAAAAUGGCGAAAAAAAAGAAAUGAUUUGCGAAGAGAUCGCGAGAAACAAUGCGUUCGAGAAGCGGGCCAUCAGUUUGGACGACAACUCGCGCGUCAAUAAUAGCAUCGAAUUGAAUGACGCGAACGACAGCGAAGACGUCGUCGACGACAACAUGACGACAGAGACGUCGCUUCAGUCGCGUUUCGGACGUCUGCUGUCGUGCGAAGACAUGGCGGACGUGCACUUCGUGGUGGGCGGAGCCAAAGGCCGCAAACUGCGCAUUCCGGCGCACCGUCUCGUGCUGGCCGUCGCGUCGCCCGUCUUUCGGGAACUCCUGUUCGACAACGGCGUCACCGAAGACAUUGUUCUGCAGGACUUGGAACCCAUAGUGUUCCUCGAGUUCCUGCGCUUCCUCUACACGGACCAGAUUCGGCUCCAGAAGGACAACGCGGUGGCCAUUCUGUCGGCGGCCAAGAAGUACGACAUCCCGGCGUUGGAACAGAUGUGCAGACAUUUCGUCAACUACUCGAUCGACAAAGACAACUGUUUGGCCAUUUGGUUGUCCGCGAAGACGUUCGGCGAGACGGAGGUCGCGGCGCUCGCCCUCAAGACGUUCGGCGAGACGGAGGUCGCGGCGCUCGCCCUCAAGGUCAUCCGGCGGUUCGCGGGUCACGUGGUGUUGGCGCCCGACUUUGUGCGCUGCGACUUCGCUUCUGUGUGCGCGCUGCUCGCGGACGACCUCUUGCGGGCGCGCGAAGUGGAUCUGUUCGUUGCGGUCACGCGCUGGACGAAGAGCGAGUGUCUGCGUCGCAAUUUGUGUCCCACGCGCGUCAACAUCCGUCACGUGAUGUCCGAAGCCGUGAAUCUGAUCCGCUUUCCGCUGAUGAGCGGCGAAAACUUGAAAAAUGUUGUCCAAUCAGAAGGCGUGCUCGAAGACGACGUUCUGCGCGCUCUUCUCUGCGCGCAGAAGACGUGGCCGCGGAAAGCGCUCCACUUUUCGGCGACGCCGCGCGCCUUCCAGCGCCUCAGAGGUCAAAUCCUUUGCGUCCAGCGGUUCCAGUCGUUCGACAACGCGCUCCCGAACCCGUGUGCGAAACGCACGCUCCGAUUCGCUGUCAACAAACGCAUCUUCGUGGCCGGAGUCGGCGUUUACGGCCCGCGACGCCCGCAACCCUUCCAACUCGAGAUCGCGGUGCGGAUCGUGCGAUGGGAGCGCCGCCACGCGCCCACCAUCGUGGACGUGGCGCAACAGCGCGUGCGCGUGAAGUGCGACUCUUCCGAACCCAUAAUUAACGUCAAGUUCGACGAAGAGUUCGAAAUCGAAGCGAACGUCGAGUUCGAGGUCUCGGCGGAGAUCGAGGCGACGGAACGGCCGUCGGGCGCGCGCUUCCACGCCAGUCGCGACCUUCACUUCUUCUACGGCAUCGGCGGACAGUUGGCCGCGAAGGUCAAGACCGGGAAGAGUUCGAGUCGCGACCUUCACUUCUUCUACGGCAUCGGCGGACAGUUGGCCGCGAAGGUCAAGACCGGGAACGCGGAGAACGUCAUCUUCAACUUCGCGUGGGAUCACGUGUGCGACGAGGGCGUGGCCUCCGCCUCCGCCCCGCCCACUCCCAACCCGCCGCCCCGACCGCCGCCCCCUCAGGGCUAUCGCCGGCCGUCGCGUUUCGAGCGUCUGAAGCGCGCGCUUUCGUUCACAGAGAAGUCGGAACUGACUUCCGGUUCGGUCUCUGACGUCACUUGCGGUCAAAUUCCUGUCAUUUUGUUCUUCGCGUGA